AUGCAAGGCUACUUGAAAGAUGCAGAUGCCAGCCAGGGACGCAAUGAAGCAAUACGCAUUUGGGUGGCAAGUGUCAGAGAUGCUGCUUAUGAUCUUGAGGAUGUCAUUGGAACUUAUGUCUUAAAAGUGGCUUUCAAGAGGAAACCAAAUGUUUUGACAUGGUUUACUGGCAUCUUCAUAGAAGGAGUUAAUCUUCAUCGGAUUGGCUCAGACAUUGAAAAAAUUACAACCGAAAUUUCACAGUUGAGUUCGAUUAUGCCAAGUUUUAACCUACACCAAACAAGGGAGAGUGGAGGUGACACUUUUUUACAGAGGCAACAGGAACGGAGGAUAGCUUAUCCUCAUAUUGUCGAACCUCAUGUGGUUGGGUUAGCCCGUGGAACAAAGAUACUGGCUACACAUUUGAUCAAAGAAAAAGGCCCCCGAGUUGUUUCUAUUUGGGGGAUGGGCGGGUUGGGUAAAACCACUCUUGCAAAACAAGUUUAUCAUCAUGGCGAUGUUAAGCGUCAUUUCGAUUGUUUUGCCUGGGUGUGUAUCUCUCAACAAUGCCAAGCACGGGAAGUUUUGGAAGAAAUUUUGACUAAACUCAUUUCUCCUACCAAUGAGCAAAGACAAGAAAUUGCAAAAUUGAAGAUUGAUCAAAUAGCAGAGAGGCUUUGGAAUACUCAAAGAGAAAGGAAAUGUUUGGUGGUGUUUGAUGACAUUUGGACCAGUGGUGCGUGGAGCUCUUUGCAAGCUGGAUUUCCAAUGAAUGAGGAAACUGAGAGUCGCAUUUUACUCACUACUCGCAACAAAGAAGUCGCUUCGUGUGCGGAAAAAAAUGGUUUCCUCUUCGAACCACAGUCGUUGAAUGAUGAUGAAAGCUGGGAACUAUUUGAGAAGAUAUCAAUGUCUGGAACGGAAGAUACAAACCAUAAAAUUUAUGAACAUAAGAAAGAGUUAGGAACGGAGAUGCUUCAACAUUGCAAAGGUUUGCCACUAGCCAUCAUGGUGCUUGCAGGACUUCUAGCUAGAAAAGACACAGUUGACGAGUGGAAUAUGGUGCAUAAGAAUGUUUAUGCAUAUAUAAGGAGAGGCACAGACCUUGGGCCCGAUUACAAAGGUGAAGGAUAUGAAAGGGUAUCAUGGUUAUUGGAAUUGAGUUAUGAUAACUUACCUUUUUAA